AUGCUUUCCAGAUUGAGUAGACCAAACGCUAAGUUUGUACCAUAUGCAUUAGGUGCAGCAGCAAUUGCCACUGCUGCCUAUUUAUAUACAACGAAGACAAAUUCUGCUAUUUUGAGAAAUGAGGUUUCAAAAAUAUUCAAGGGUAAUGGCGAAUGGAUCGACUUGACCGUUGAUAAAAUAAUUCAGGAGUCUCAUGAUACCAAGAGGUUCUUCUUCAAGUUUCCGCAAGAAGACGCCGUCAGCGGGCUAACUUUGACCUCCGCACUUUUCACAAAGUUCACUACUGAAACUGGUGAAGAUAUUAUAAGACCUUAUACUCCUGUCAGUGACCUGGAGACAAAGGGUUACAUCGAGUUUGUAAUUAAACACUACGACGAUGGUAAGAUGACACCACAUCUAUUUAAUUUGAAGCCAAAUGAUCAUCUUGCUUUUAAGGGUCCUAUUAAAAAAUGGCCUUGGGAACUAAAUUCAUUCGAAGAAAUUACUCUGUUAGGAGGGGGUACAGGAAUAACACCUUUAUACCAACUUAUCCACCAUGUUUUACAAAAUAAAAACGAGAAGACCAAAAUUCAACUUGUAUAUGCGAACAAGACGUCUGGGGAUGUGCUCCUGAAGAAGGAAUUAAAUGAACUCCAAGAAAAAUACCCUGAAAGGUUCAAAGUCACAUAUUUUGUUGACAAAUUGGACACUAAUGAAAAAGGAGAUUUCGAGGUGGGAUUUAUUAGCAAGAAAUUCUUGGAACAAAAUAUUGCUAAACCAAACAAAAAUACUCAUAUCUUUGUAUGUGGUCCUCCACCAUUCAUGGAAGCAUACUCAGGCAACAAGACGAAACCAACGGAACAAGGCCCCUUAACGGGUAUUCUGAGGGAGCUGGGCUAUAGUGAAAAGCAAGUUUUCAAAUACUAG